GCUGUGAGACCGCGUUAUGAGCGACCGCUGCUGUGCGUGCGCCUGCUGCGUGUGGCAGUAGCAGCAGCAGUUGGCCACCGAGCCUGCAGUUUACUGGACCCUCCUUGCCGCCGCUGGUGGAGUGGACGCUCGGCUACUCCCCCCUGCCCCGUUCUACUCCAUCACUCACCCUGCCCAUUGUCUCCUCUCUCUCCUCCCCCAAAUCCGCCAAUUCCCCUUGAGAAAGCACCGCCUUUGCACCCGAUUUUGUCCAGCCUCGCCGAUCCACCCGCUGCAGGUGUGUCUCGGGCCAAUUUUCGGUGGGCGGCUCGCCGGGGAGACGCCGCGGGGAUCGUGCUGCGGCGAGAACCCACGUUCCGAGCUGGUUCGUUUCCGCGUGGUUCGGUUUGGUGGGAUGGGAGGAGGCGGCGUGAGGAUCAGAACCGUUUUGGUGCUUGGGAUGUGAGAAUCACCGGGUGGCACUGGGGGGUUAGGGUUUGGUGAGGAGGGGUGAAGGAAAUGGGGGGCCUUUGCUCCAAGGGAUCGGCGGUGGGCAAGUCGCCCAGCGACACAACGCUCGGCCCCGGCCGAGUGGUCGACCACCAUGAGCGUGUGGUGGUUGUGGAGGAGAAGAAGACUGUGGUUGGGGGAGAGGCUGCUGCCAAGAGGAUACAAGAGGAGCAACAGGAGCAGAGCCAGCAACCUGUAUCGGUCUCGCAAACUGUGGUGCCUGGAGGUGGCGUGGAUACUGCUGUGGUACCAUGGGAUGGGGUGCCGCAGUUGGCGCGGUUGCCGUCGCAGAAGUCAGGGAUGGGUGUGGCAAAAGCUAGUGCUGCCAAGGUUUCAGAAGUAAGCUCUAUUCUGGGUAGAGCUAGUACUGCUGGUAUUGGAAAAGCAGUGGAAGUGCUAGACACACUUGGUAGUAGCAUGACAAGUUUGAAUAUGAGUGGUUUUGGAUCAGGAACUACAACAAAAGGCAAUAAAAUAUCUAUUUUAGCAUUUGAGGUUGCCAAUACCAUAGUCAAAGGUUGCAAUCUGAUGCACGCCCUUUCAAAAGAUAAUAUAAAGCAUUUAAAAGAAGUGGUACUUCACUCAGAAGGUGUUCAGAAUCUUAUAUCCAAGGAUAUGGAUGAGUUACUCAAGAUUUCUGCUGCUGACAAAAGGGAAGAGUUGAAAGUGUUUUCUACAGAAGUUGUUCGCUUUGGAAAUCGCUGCAAGGAUCCUCAAUGGCACAAUUUGGACCGAUACUUUGACAAGUUGGCAUCAGAACGGGCUCCUCAACAUCACUUGAAAGAAAAGGCAGAAUCAGUGAUGCAGCAAUUGGUGACUUGUGUUCAGUUUACAGCUGAACUAUACCAUGAAAUGCAUGCCUUGGAUAGAUUUGAACAAGAUUAUCAGCGUAAACAGCAGGAAGAGGAUGGUUCAAGUGUAGUCCAAAGAGGUGAUAAUCUGCACAUACUAAAGCAGGAAGUGAAAAGCCAACACAAGCAUGUUAAAAGUUUAAAGAAAAAGUCUUUAUGGUUUAAGAAUUUGGAAGAGGUCAUAGAAAAGCUGGUAGACAUUGUGCACUUCUUACAUUUGGAGAUCCAUAAUGCCUUUGGGCAUUCAGACAAUGAAGAAUCUCAGGAACCUACCAAACGACGUAAUAGAUUGGGUCCAGCAGGCCUUGCAUUGCAUUAUGCCAAUAUCAUCAGUCAGAUUGAUACUCUUGUUUCUCGAUCAAGUUCUAUUCCUACAAACACAAGGGAUGCAUUAUACCAAAGUUUGCCACCUACCAUAAAGUCGUCUCUCCGGUCUAAGCUACAUUCAUUUGGAGUCAAUGAAGAGCUUACUGUUUCUCAAAUCAAGGCUGAAAUGGAGAAGACGCUGCAGUGGCUUGUCCCUAUUGCAAAUAACACCACGAAGGCUCACCAUGGUUUUGGUUGGGUUGGAGAGUGGGCAAAUACAGGGUCAGAUGUGAACUGCAAGCCAACGGGGCAGAUGGACCUGACCCGAGUUGAGACACUGUACCAUGCUGACAAGGACAAGACUGAAGCAUAUAUCCUUGAACUUGUUGUGUGGCUUCAUCAUCUUAUUAGUCAAUCCAAAACCGCUAAUGGUGAGAGGUCUCCAAUCAAGUCUCCUGUCCGGUCUCCUACGCAAAGGGGGCCUGCAAUCACAUUGUCUCCAAACAAAGCCAGCAGCAAUUCAUCACCUCUUUUGACGCAAGAAGACCAAGAUAUGCUAAGGGAUGUCAAGUACAAGAAAUUCAUCCCUGGUAUAAGCAAAAGCCAAGAGUUUGACACUAAGUCAAGACAUAACAAGCAAAGCAGACUAAGCAAAAGUAACAGCCAUUCACCAAGCAGUGGCAACAGGAAAGAGUUGCUAUCAAUCAGGAGGCUGCUUCCUGUGAUUGACUUCGAGAUCGACCGGACAAAAGCUCUUGAUGUGAUAGAUAGAGUUGACAAUAUAAAAGUACAGUGAUGAAUCAAGAUCGACUUGAUGCUAAAGCCUGAAAAUGUGCUGCGAUCUGUGAUCUUGAAAAUCCAGAUUGCGGCCUGAACCAAGGUGCCUGCUUGAGACGAACUAGCAUCAUGGUGCCAAUUUGAAGGCACGAAGAGAGGUAGAGAACCAUUGUCCAGGCUGACUUUGUAUGAUAUAUGGUGGGGUGAAAAGGAAGGGAAAAUUUCAUUGUACAAAGGGAUUUGUUGUGUUUGUUAGCUCUUGUACAAGGAAUGCAAGUUUUGAAGUAAAAAAGAAUAUCGAAGA